UUUAGGGAGGGGGCUCCGCUGAGAUGGGGGCGGCGGCAGCGGAAGCGGAUCGUACCCUCUUUGUCAGCAACCUUGAAACUAAAGUGACCGAGGAGCUUCUUUUCGAGCUUUUCCACCAGGCGGGGCCGGUAGUAAAAGUGAAAAUUCCAAAAGAUAAGGAUGGUAAACCAAAACAGUUUGCAUUUGUGAACUUCAAACAUGAAGUGUCUGUUCCUUAUGCGAUGAAUCUACUUAAUGGAAUCAAACUUUUCAGGAGGCCCAUCAAAACGUUUAGAUCAGGAAGUAGCCAUGCCUCACAGGAUGUCAGUUUGUCAUAUCCCCAGCAUCAUGUUGGAAACUCAAGCCCCACCUCUACAUCUCCUAGCAGAUAUGAAAGGAGUGUGGAUAGCAUGAGUCCAUCAGUACAGAUAAUUCAGAGAUCUUUCUCUUCUCCAGAAAAUUUUCAGAGACAAGCAGUGAUGAACAAUGUUCUGAGACAGAUGUCCUAUGGUGGGAAAUUUGGUUCUCCACAUCUGGAUCCAUCAGGAUUUUCCCCAUCUCAUAGUCACAGUUUUAAUCAGUCUUCAAGCUCCCAGUGGCACCAAGAUACGCCAUCAUCACAGCGUAAAGUCAGACAGAAUUCUCAUCCUUACAUACCGGAUAGACAUCAUGGCCGUGAACAACGUUACGCUGAUCAUGGGUCUGACCAUCAUUACCGAGGAAACAGAGAUGACUACUUCUAUGAAGAUAGGAAUCCUGAUGGCGGGAGCCUUGACUAUGAUAACAGAAGAGACAGUAGUCGAGAUGGAAAAUGGCGUUCAUCUCGACAUUAACAAGUACUAAAAGGACGAUGUUAUAGGGUCAUUCUAGGUCCCUUUGGCUAAAUUGACCUGGAAAUGUUUUGUUA